AUGUCACAAUCUGUGCAGGGACCAUGCUGCCAUGAUGGCCUCAGUGCCCGCUUGAUAGAAGAGGCCGGGUUUCCACUGGCCUUCAUGAGUGGCUUUGGAGUAGCAGCUGCACGGCUGGGCGCCCCAGACACAAACCUGCUGUCAUACAGCGAAGUCCUUGACCAGGGCAGGAAUAUAAAUGAGGCAACCAGGUCCAUCCCCAUCAUCGGAGACGGGGACCACGGCUAUGGGAAUGCGCUGAGCGUGAAACGCACAGUCAGGGGCUUUGCCAACGCUGGCUUUGCUGGCAUCCUCAUCGAAGACCAGGCAAGCUCCACAAUCAUUUUCCCUAACUUUGGCGGAGCGGAAGGUCAUGGCGUGGCUCCCAAGUCAUGCGGGCAUGUGCGCGGCAAGAGAGUGGUGGGCCGGCAGGAGGCGGUGGCCAGGUUGAGGGCGGCAGUGGAUGCACGCGAGGAGGGCGCUGACAUCUUGAUUGUUGCGCGCACAGACUCCCGCCAGGCGCAGUCUCUCGAGGAGGCCCUCUGGAGGGUGGCAGCCUUUGCUGAUGCGGGCGCUGAUAUUGUUUUUAUCGAUGCCCUGGAAUCGAGGGAGGAAAUGCGCGCUUUCUGCGCAGCCGGCGGCGCUGCGCGCUCUGUCCCAAAGAUGGCAAACAUGCUUGAAGGAGGGGGCAAAACGCCUAUUCUGGCGCCUGCUGAGCUGGAGGAGCUGGGCUUCAAGCUUGUGGCGUACCCUCUGUCGCUUCUGGGUGUCUCCAUCCGCGCUAUGCAGACAGCACUGACCGAUCUCAAGGGUGGCAGAGUCCCCCCAGAAGCAGCACUGCCCAGCUUUGCAGAGAUCCAGUCAGCCGUGGGUUUCCCGCAGUACUUUGCAGAAGCAGAGCGGUAUGCCGUGCCAGGUGACUCCGAAGAAACGCCAGAGCCACCCAGCGGCAGCGGCAGCGGCAGCGGCAGCGGCAGCGGCAGCAGCAGCGGCAGCGGCAGCGGCAGCAGCAGUGAGUCAGCUUCACCUGCAGCUGAGGACGGCAGUGCAACAACCAGCACCAGCGGCGGGGAAGCUUCAGCCAUCGAAGUUGAUGUUUCUAUUACCUUUGAGGAUGAUGGACUUGCUGUAGCCAAUGCCAGCAGGUGA